GUGUAAACAGCACAGUGGCUGUUCCGCGAGCUGUGAGGGGAACAUGAGGCUCUGGACAGUGUUAUUUGACAGCUGGAUAGUGAUGUGAUAAGGUUUGUGUAAACACCAGCAGAGCUGAAGUUCUGCUCCGUCCACUCCACCGCAGCACUGCACAGACAUGGCUGGACUGCAGAUCCUCAGGAACAUGCUGCUGCUGCUGUUCUUUCUGGUUCUUUACGCCGUUUCUUCAGGGUUCUCCAUGGACGUUUGUUCCAACACCAUUCUACCAGGAUCUAAAGGAGAUCCCGGCGAGGUCGGAGAUGCAGGAGAUGAGGGACGACUCGGGAAAACCGGACCACCGGGACACGCAGGUGUCCCGGGGGAGAACGGAGAGAAAGGAGAAGAUGGGAGAACUGGGAAACCCGGUCCUGCCGGAGAGCGAGGACAAACAGGGGAGCGAGGGAUUGCUGGAGAUUUGGGGUUAAAGGGGAAAGCAGGUUCGACAUGUGACUGUGGGAGAUAUAGGAAAGUAGUUGGACAAAUGGACAUCAACAUCAACAAACUGAAAAACGCCGUCAAGUUCCUGAAAAAUGUGAUUCUGGGGGUGAAGGAGACGGAGCAGAAGUUCUACCUGCUGGUGAAGGAGGAGCGUAAACACAGCGAUGCUCAGCUGAACUGCAGGCUGAGAGGUGGAAUCCUGGCUCCGGCUGACAGCGAGAACAUCAGCACAUUGCUGGGUUCCUACAUCAGCGAAGCAGGUCUCACUCACGUUCUCGUCGGAACCGAAGUAGAAACCGAGCACAGGGGAAACUCCACAGUUCCGGGUGGGAGGUGCACACAGCUGGCAUCUAACGGGGCGCUGAGCCCCACAGUGUGUGACACCCAGAAGUUCUACAUCUGUGAGUUCUCCAGGAUCUAAGAGCUUUCAAUCAGAAAGAUGACUGGAGAGGAAUAAGGUUCUUCAGAGGUUCCUUGAGUUCUGGAAGCUUUUUUACACUUUGUUGUUAAUGUGUGGAAAACAUUAAAGAAUCUGUUAUAAAAUAAUUUAAGACUUCUUAUUCUCACUUUAAAAGAAUGAUAUUUUAUAGAAUUUGCAUAUUAAAUGAUGUAAUAAGCUAUCUUGCUGUUUAUUUGGUACUUCUGAUGUAAUACUUCUUCACUCCUGUACAUCCAUGUUUACGUUGGGUUUGUAUUUUUAUUCCACUGUGUUGUUGAGUUACAAAUCAAUAAAAAUUGAGGUUUUAA